AGCCGUUGGGAACCGAACCUCACUCCAAGCCUACAUUACCACUUUGGUCUCAUUUCUUUUUGGGUAUCCCAGCCACAGUUCAAAAUUAAAAUUAGGGUUUUCCUUCUCCGAAUUCACUCUCUCCUUCCCUUAAUUUUCCCAAUUCCGAAUUGGGUCUCUCUCACACUCCUCCGAGUGCUUCUUCUUCUUUCUACCCAAUUGAGAUCCCUCAAUUUCAAUUCAGGGUUUGAGAGGCGCCAGAAUGGGCACGAGAUCGUCUUUCAGUACCGUAAUGCGGCCGAAGCUCGCUGACGUCACCAACUUGCCGGCUCCUCCGAGAAUUGAAAAGCCUCCCGAAGUUUCCAUGGGUGAUAAGGACCGUGUUGAACAGCUCAUGAGGGAAAGAAUGGCUUUGAUCAAACUCGUCAGCGAAAGGAAUAAAAUCAUUGAAUUGAGUGGAGCUGAGUUGCAGAAACUGCGGGUUAGUGUUCAGAAAUUGCAGCUGCAAAAUUGGAAUCUUGCUCGAUCAAACAGCGUAAUGUUAGCGGAGCUUAAUUCAGGAAGAGACAAGGUAAAAACACUACAGCAUGAACUUCUAUGCAAGGAGGCUUUACUUAAGGCAAAGAAUUUUGAAAUGCAGGGAAAAUCAGAGAUGAAAUGUCAAAAUGCUGGCUCUAAGUUCAAGGAAGCAGAGGAGGCAACUUUGCAUGAAGCGGAUAAUGAUGACAAACCACGUAUUGGCAACAAGAGGCGUGCAACAAGAAGUCAAUCUCUGGGUGCUUCUACUAAAUGCCAAAAGGUAGAACAAUCCCUCACUUUACAGGGAAAAGAAGAGAUGAAAUGUCAAAAUACUGGCCGUCAGCUCAAGGAAGGAGAGGAGCCAGCUUUGCAGGAAGCUACUAAGGAUGACAAACCAUGUGUUGGCAACAAAAUGCGUGCUACAAGAAGUCAAUCUUUGGGCACUUCUACUACAUGCCAAAACAUUGAACAGAAAGACAAGGUUGAGAAUAGAAGGCGGAGUUUGAGGAGGCAGUCUUCUAGAUUUAAAUCCCAUGAGGAAGAACAGACAGAAAACUUGUUUGAGAUAGAAGAAGCUAAAUUUCCGGAAAAUCCAAUGCUUGAGGAUGAUCCCAUUCCCUCCAUUUCAUCUACCAAGCAAGAAGAGAAAGAAGAUAGCUGCGCUGCAAAGAGUGAAGGAGUAUCACAAAGAUCUUCAAUUGGAAGACCAUUGUGCAAGGCAGUUAAGAAGGAUACCGAAUUUCCCGAAAAUUCAAUCCCUAAUGGCGAUCCCACUCCCGUAAUUUUAUCUACCAAGAAAGAGAGAGAAGAAAGCGGUGCCCCAAAGAGUGAAGGAGUAUCACAGAGAUCUUCAAUUGCAAGACCACUGCGGAAAGCAGUUGAGAAGGUUCAGUCCUACAAAGAACCUCCACUCCAUGUCAAAAUGCGGAGAACAGAAUGACCAGGUCAGAGUCUAAAUGCUGAUUAUUUAUACCCUUCAGCUGAAAAGAGGUUGUACAAGUACAACUAGAACUCUUCUAAUCGUUGCUUGUGGUCAUGAAAGCAUAAUUAGAUUAAAUGAGAAAGCUGUGAUUAUAAUAUCUCGUAUGGGAAACUCUGUAAUGAACUAGACUGUAUCAAAAUCUAGGGUGUUCGUUAAAGUUUUACUCCUUGUAAGUUGCAACUACUAUAUGUCAACUGGCAGAGAAAAAUAGCUAUGUUAGAAAAUUCUCGUAAGGAAUGGAAACCACUUUCAACUUUCACGAAUUAAGAGAACAAGUGGGAUAUAUUGCAGCAUAUGAAUUCUGGAUUGUGCAAUAUUCAGGUA